CCAGGACCAAUGCACAGGCUUACUUCGCUCGGCGGACAACAGAACACCCAUACCUGCGCUUGUUCCAGAGCAUCGUCACGAACGAUCUUGCGGGACGUGGUUCAGAACGCCGACUUGAUUGGGUGGGUCGAGAUCUUUGCUGUGCUCUGCACGUUCGUAAGCGACUGCGAGUUUGAUGGACUUGCGGAACAGCUAGGUGUUAGAUCCUAGUCCCAGGCUGGCGUGUUGCGCGAUCGAGCUGGGGAACACAGCCGCGCUAACUUACGUACCUUGACGCUGUUCGCUUGGAGAAAUGGGUAACAUCUGGGCUGAAGAAAUGGCUGAAGAGGAAGCAUGGCGUAUCUGUGCACAGGUUGCUGUCAUCGACUCGAG